CUUGGAACAGUAAUAGAAAUUAUAGACCAUUCUAUAAAUAAUGCUCUUAAGAGCGAAACAAUAGCCGGUAAGAAUUUUCUCUCGGAUACUCGGAUUCCUUCCACUUUGUGACUGAUAUCACAGAGCAGAAUAGCUUCAGGAACCACAAACCAGUUUUGUCAACGUCAAUAAUUGUGUAAAAUGGAAGUUCCCAGAGAGAAGGAGUUUGUAAACACGUACAAACAAUUUUUGGAACAACUUCAUCAACAUGAAGUUGAAACAUCAACAAAAUAUGUAUUGGAUAAGGCACCAAAGAAUUUCUUACAAAGCAAAGUUUACCCAACUCCAAUUCAACAUAUAUAUUGGCAAAAUGAUUUGCCAUAUUAUCAUUUUGGAUCCCGCAGGUAUAUAUGUCAUCAAGGAAAAGAUACAAACAUACAAAAGAAAAGAAAAUAUGAAGAAGAAAGAGACAGAAAGGCUCAUGAGGAUUCGUUAAUCAAAAGAUACAAUCGGACUCAAAUAACAAAGAAAUUAGACUGUCCUGCCUCAAUAAUUGUAACAAGAGUGAUUAGGAUACCAGAACACAAAGUGAGUGGAAACGCUUCUGAAAAGUACAAGAGACUUAAGGCAAUAGAAGUCAUUAAAAAGAAAAUAGAGAACGGUGAAGACGUUGGAGAAGAAGGAUUUUUCUUCAACAUGCCUACUGUGGAUGAUCAUAAGAAUCAUUUUUUUGGUAAAAUUGCAGCUCUGACAGAACCAGUGGACAGUCGAGUUAGUGAUUACAUCAACCAACUCAUUACGAGAGGUGAAAGGAAUGCAGUUGUGAUUUCUAAACAGGUGCAAUCCUUUGUUGAAAGUGACCUGCAAGGAACUGAUCAAUUAAGAAGGCGGUUUUACCCAAACUUAAGCACGGUUAAAAGGAUAAUAUCUUCUACCAAAUCAAAACUGAAAAGUCAAAUUGAUCAAGAUCAACAUAAUGUUGAAAUGUUCGUAAAAGGUCUGGACGAAGAUGAUAAUUAUAAAGAUUCCGCCCUGGAAAUUGAUGAAGGGCCCUGCAUAUCACAAUGCAAGGAACUACCUUCAAGAGGCAGCAAUCGAACACAAUUAAUAAACGAAUGCAACUCAACGUUUAGUGCUCUUCAGACUAUCCAGUGCCAUUUGGAAGAAAAUGAUCUAAAAGAUCUAAAUAACACCCUGAAGGAAAUUUACAAUAAUCUUUCUUCCAAAGUUUCUACCAACGAACUCAAUGGUUCGUAAGGGUAGUAAGGAGGUAACUCCACCUAAAGACUCACCCCUACCCUGUGCUGAGGGAGUGGGGGUGGUUCUAAGGUACCAUUUUCUGGUUUCUCGCAUCUACUGAAUUGAAAACUGCAUCUUACGGACAUAACUUAUUUGUACAAAGUUGAAGCUGAUAUAAUUUCCUACAAAAUUCUUCAAACAACAUUUCCUGUAUCUUCUUGUUUUCGAGAUAACGAGAUAAGGUGUAACAUUUUUGAAAAAUGUCAAUGAAAAAAAAUCUGGUGUAAGAGUCAAGUCUUCGGAAAUAUAAUUUAAUAUAAAUUGAUCAUCUGAUGAGAUCAAUUCUGCUAUCUCUUCCAGUACAGUGAAUGAUUGAAUAGAAUCAACAGUUCUGUUGCCUUUCUUAUCAAGUUUGCAUUUGAAUAAUAACAUUUUCUCGAAUUUCGAGCUUAUUUUCAAUUGUAGAUGGAAAUGUUACUGGACAUUAAUUGUAGAGAUUUUCGGGCUCAAUCUUUUCCACUUGAAAUUUUUCGUUUAUUUUUGUAUCUGAAGCCUGACAAUUGGAAAUCUAAAAUCGAACUUUGCAUAGAUGAGGCGGAGCUCCUGGAAUUUUUACAGAUAAAGGACUUGUGGCAGUUGUUAGAGCUUAUCAAUGACUAUUUUUGGUAUAAAUUUGAUCAAAAUCGCUGGAGCACUUUUCGAGAAAAUCACGAAAAACCCUUUUUUUGACAUUUCAGCCAUCUUGAAUUGCAUUCGAUCGAAAUUAUUCGUGUCGGAUCCUUAUAGUGUAAGGACCUUAAGUUCCAAAUUUCAAGUCAUUCCGUUAAUUGGGAGAUGAGAUAUCGUGUACACAGACUCACACACACACACACAAACAUACAUACAUGCAGACCAAUACCCAAAAACCACUUUUUUAGACUCAGGGGACCUUGAAACGUAUAGAGAUUUAGAAAUUGGGGUACUCUAAUUUUUUCGGAAAGCAAUACUUUCCAUACCUAUGGUAAUAGGGCAGGCAAGGAAAGUAAAAACACGUGUGCCUCCAAUUACAUCAACACUUUUUUGUACAAAAUUGAAGCUGAUAUAAUUUUCUAAAAAAAUUCUUCAAACAAAAUUUUCUGCAUCCUCUCAUUUUCGAGAUAACGAGUAACAUUUUUGAAAAAAAAACACGUUUGCCUCCAAUUUUUUAUUUAUUUAGUCAUGUAAAAUUAUUACAUAAUAAAAAACUACAAGUGAUCAAUGAUUUAAGUAAUUUUUACUUAUUACUUUGAGUAAAAACAAGUAAUAAAAAUUAUAUGGGCUUAUGCCCAAAACUCUCCCUUCUCAAAAGUAUACUACAGUCCAAAAAUCAAAAUGUAGGUAAAGCUACUAGCACUUAUGUAUUAGUCCAGAACGGACGCAUCAGGUAUUUUAAAAGAUAUACACACUAUAUUCCUUAAAAUUUUUGGAUUUGAUUUUGUGAUGAUAUUUUGUCUGACUUGGAACAACAAUUCAUCUUCUUCUAUACAUUUAGAGACCAGGAUGAAAGAUGAUUAAGUUUUAGAUUUCUGAUGAAGCAUAAUAAUUUUAAAAGUGUUACGUGUAAAAUAUGUGGGGAACAGUGCAAUUUGGCCAAAUAGUGAAAUACUAGUGAUCAAAUAAAAGUAACUAUACCUAGAUUUGGUGUGAAAAAGGCCGACUUUCCUGGCUACCUGGCUGAAUUCCAGUUCAAGAGAAGAUAUAACGAUUGUGAGGAGUGCAUCCGCUAUUUCUUUAAGGCGGUGGUGGAGUUGUAUGUCCCCACGCACUAUAGUAGGGUUUGGUUGGGAUGGGAUGGGUUUGGUGAGAUUAGCUUUUCCUUUUGCAGUGGAGUUUUGAGUGUUAAACAGUAUACUGACAGUUGUCGGAGAAGACAUUUUGGAUUUGUUGGGGGAAAAAGUUAGUAAAAAAUAGUAAACAUUUAAAAAAAAGUGAAAAAUACCUGAUGCGUCCGUUCUAGAUAAUUACCCCAAAUUUCACAGAAUUAGAAACAAUUAUCCAAAAAUCUUUACCUACUAUUUAUGAAAUGGUUACUAUAUUGAAUAAUUUCUGUUAUUUUUGCUCAUAACUUUUUGAAAAUCGAUGGAAAAAGUCCAUGCUGACUAUGAGCUUAAAGAGCAUCAAGUUCUGUUCAAUUUUAUGAAUAAUUUCACAACUUAACGCAUUUCUCCAUGACUGUUGUAGCAGUUUCAGUCUUGAGUGUGAAAUCUUCAGUUUUCCAACAAUAGACGACUAAUUGCCAAAUGCAUUUGGAGGGAAUGUUUUAAACACAAUUUUUGACUUUGCAGCUUUGCUGGGACUAGUUAGGAGGUGAACAUGUAAAAAGUCCCUACUCCUACCCCUUGUGCUAAAGGAGUAAAGGGGUAGGUGUGGUGUAACGUUUUUAUUAUUUUUUGCUUACACGGAAAUCUUGGGAACUAUGCGAUCAACCAAUAUGACUAACUAUUUAAAAAUAAAGCUUCAUAAAUUUCUAACAAUUUUUUUAGUGGAUUAUUUUGAUAUUUCUGACAGUUUUCGAUAUAAUCGCUCUUGAAAGUGUGAUAAUGUUGAAAUAACAUAAUUUUCAUCAAUUUUUUUCAGACCAUAACUCUAACAAUGAUGCAUGGUAAAAAUAAAUGCAUUGAAUUCUCUUCAAUUUGAGGUAUUGUUGCGGGUUUCCACACUAAUAAAACACUUGAUGCGAUUUAUAGUGAUUAGAUUUACUACUUAUAACACUAUAACACACGGAGGUAAACUAGAAACAACUAUAAACUAAUAACUACCUAAUAAAUUACACAUAAUUAUCACAAGCGUAGGUUAACUAGUAUAAAUAACUGUAUAAGAAUUACUGUCACCAAGAAUAAUAACUGUAUAAACAACUGCAAAAGUCUAUUAUCACUUUAUAACUAGUCUGUCACGAUUAGAAGAAGCGAACACUCUACUGUAGUUUCUCAACUGACUUGCAGACUGCAACACGCGCCAUUUAUAUAGGCUCACCAGAACAAUCUAGAAAGGUGGAGAAUACAUCCAGUCUAUCACAGCAGAACUCUCCAGAAGGGUCUGGAGGUGUGGGGAAACGUCCGACCAAUGGCAGUGCAUAGAAACCGCCAGAAGGUUCGAGAACGCGCUUGCCUUUGGUCGAUGGAUCCCCUGUACCAAAACCGGAACACACUGAAAUGAUCUAGAAGCCCCCCUGCCUCCUCCGUCUUGAUUACCAGAAGAUUCCAGGAACCCCUCGCCUCUGCCAUCCCUCUAAUGGGGGGUGGGUGAAAUUUUCAACUUUGCAACAAGUGUCAAACUUAGUGGUUCCACCUUUAGCAGAGGGGUUAGAGAUGCGCACUUAUGCUAACUUUACCUCCAAACUAGUCUCAAUUGAGCUGCAAAUUGAAAAAUUGUGUUCCAGGCAUUCCCUUCAAAUGUUCAAUUGUUGCAAAAUUAAAAAUUUCAGCAUAAAAUUGGAGGCAAACGUUUUUUUUUUUCAAAAAUGUCAUACCUACAAGAGCGAAUGUCUCGAAAACUAUAGAAGAUACAGAAAAAUCUGUGAGAUGAAUUUUUUAGGAAAUUAUAUCAGCUGUAAUUUUUAAUGGAACAAUCAUGUUCUUAAGAUGCAUAGUUUUCGAUUUAUAUGCGAGAAACCAGGAAAUGGUACCUUUGAACCACCCCCACCCCCUUAGGACAGGGCGGGGACUUUUUGUAUGUUUAUUUCCUCACUAUCCUAAACAGAAUUGCGGCGUCUAAAAUUGUUUUCCAAACAAGUGUCACCUGCACCUGCGACUAGAAAUAAAUAUGGCAGACUCUCUCUUCGGAAAAAUAAGAUGUCAGCUGAGCAGCGCCAACAUCAUAUAGUUAUUGGAGGGGCAAAGUUCACCAGAAAGGUUGUGGCCCGUGAGCCUUGUUUCACUCAUAAGGUUCCUUAAGUUAUUAUUAAAAUAUUCUUCCUCGUGGAUUACUCUAUAUGAAAAAUUGGAAGUCUAGUCAAUAGAGAAUAAGUCUAGUUGUAGAGAAUUUCCUCCUUCAUUUAAAAAAAUAAUGUUGGAUUCAAUAAGGCGGACAAAAAUUCUGACUAGUUUUGACUAGAAACUAAAAUUUUGACUAAAAACAGACUAGUUUUUUCCAAUUCAAAUAGGAUCACCAAUCAGACUCAUCAUCAAAAUUCCCUUGUAAAAGAAAUAAAUAUGAAUCUGUUUUCAUAAUUUUCUCCAACUCUGUAUAGAAGCCGUGCAAACACUGGAGAAAACUUUGUGUUGUAAAAUGCAAUCUCCAUAAUGUCCAGGGAACAAAAAAAAAUUGAAUAAAUAUUUAUUAUUUCGUCAAAAUUCUUUGACGAAUUUAUUAUUAUAAAUUAUUAUAAUCUUCAUCAGAGUUGAAAAUUCUCAGCAUAAAAAAGUAAUAUUUGUGUGGAACCCGCAACCUUCCAUUCAUAAGUCACUUGUGCUGCUACCAAUAUCGCCAACAAUUCACUUGAAGAAAGCUCUAUUUGGUUUGGCUUAACUUUGAAUCACAAAUUAAUUAGAUCUGUUUUAUUAUUAAUAAAAAUGAGUAUAAACCAAUUCCUUUCUUAUAAAUUAUAUAGUAUAGAUUUGGAAGAAAAAGAUAGAAGAUAAAAUCAUUGAAAACACUAUUUUCCUUAUGACCACUCAAGCAAAGUAUCACAAAUUUGAAGAAUUGAAAACUUGACGUACUGAAUACCUUGCGAAUUGUAAACUUGACUAACUGAAAAUUUUAAGAACUAAAAAUAGGCAUGUAAACUACCCUCGUUAAAUGAAAAAUUUAUAUGCAAAAUUUCAAGUUGAUCAGUUCAGUAGUUUAGUCGUGAUGAUACAUUACACAUGAAUUUUGUAUCCCGUACUUGUAUAAACCAAUUCUUUUCUUUGUAAUAUAGUAGUCCAGUCACUAUAUACAUUGGUGCAUGCAAUUUUUAUAUUGUAGCUCUGAUUUUUUAAUAUAUUAUUUGGGUACAUUAUAGAAGUCAGAAACAAUUUCUUCGUGCAAAAUUUCCUUAUGCUGGAUAAAGAGUAGCCCAAAAUCUUGUUUUUUCUGCUCAUUUCAUGAAUUGUUUGCAGCAGAUGAAAGAGAAAACUUUUUUGUUCAUUUCAAGAUCAAGUAAUGAUUUUUAAAAUAAGGGGUUACCGAGAUACAUAGCUUUGAAUAUAGAAAUUGGCCAUUUUUUGUCUAUUGGAAUGUGAGCUUAAGUACACUCAACAAUAAAUUUUCCAUUUUUCGACCGAAUUUGAUUUAUGAUGCAUGAUUUUUGACCGCCUUGACGAGCCGAGAACGGUGAAGUUUAGUAGGCUACACUGAAAUCUGAGCAUUGUGUCAAAAGUAAUGCGUUUGAAAUUUUGAUCCGUCAGGUGUCCUUAAGCGCGCCUCUCCACUAGGAAAUAUUGAAAUGAAGUGCAUCUAACGGGUGAUUCUCAAAGGAAAUAUGAACUUAUGUCGUUGUGCGAAUUAUCAAUGUGAGGACAAUGUAGUUAGUGAUGAUGGUUGAAGCUGAAAAUGAGGUGUUUUUCACAAUACAAGGAGCAUUGUUUUCAGGUGUACCUGGAAAUCUAUAUGAGAUAGAGCGCUCUACCUGAUCUCUGAUUGUAGAGCACAAAAAUACGCCCAGAGGGAUUUUGAAUUAUACAUCUAAAUGGUAACAAUCGGAAGAUAAUGUUGAUCAAAAACUAAAAUUCAUCAAAAUUGAUUUUUUUUCUUAAAAUUUCACUCAUUUUUGAAAAAUUAUAACUCAGUACUCAUUGGAUAUAGAGUUCCGAAUGAUCUCAUUUCAUUUAGAAUUUUAUAAUCUAAAAAAAAGGCGAGAGCAAAUUUUUCUGUCCGCUUACGACGAGAUUUGGCAGAAAUAGCUGAAAACUGGAAAAUUAGCCGAAAAACAAGGUUUUUGGGCCACCCUCUAUGUAGCACAAGAAAAUUUUGCAUGAAGAAAUUGUUUCUGGACUUCUCUUAUGUACCCAAAUAAUUUGUUAAAAAAUCAGAACUACAAUAUAAAUUGCAAGCACUUCUUUUAUGUCUAUAUUGACUGGACUAUAGAUUUAUUGUGGAUUUUUUGUGUUCAGAGGUUCUGUUAUCAUCUUCAGAAUCAUAAGUUGUACAUUAAACAUUUUUAUAUCUUUUAAAA